CGCCCUCUGACCCGGAAGCAGAGUCGGCGCGCGCCGCUGCAGCCCCCACCGGACGCCAGCUCCCCUCUAGCUGCUUCCAGGCGCAAUCUGUUUCGUGACCUUUUCCGAUAGACGGGUAUUUUUAUGCAAGUUUUGCCAUACAGGAUGAAGCAAGAUCCCACAAGAAAUGCUGCCUACACUGUGGAUUGUGAAGAUUAUGUGCACGUGGUAGAAUUCAAUCCCUUUGAGAGUGGGGAUUCAGGAAACCUGAUUGCUUAUGGUGGCAAUAAUUUUGUGGUCGUUGGCACAUGUACAUUUCAGGAGGAAGAAGCAGACAUUGAAGGAAUUCACUAUAAAACACUACGAACAUUUCAGCAUGGAGUCAGGGUCGACGGCAUAGCCUGGAGUCCAGAGACUAGACUUGAUUCAUUGCCUCCAGUAAUCAAAUUCUGUACUUCUGCUGCCGAUAUGAAGAUUAGAUUAUUUACUUCAGAUCUUCAAGAUAAAAAUGAAUACAAGAUUUUAGAGGGCCAUUCAGAUUUCAUUAAUGGUUUGGUAUUUGAUCCCAAAGAAGGCCAAGAGAUUGCAAGUGUGAGUGAUGAUCAUACCUGCAGGAUUUGGAACUUGGAUGGAAUACAAACAGCUCAUUUUGUUCUUCAUUCCCCUGGAAUGAGUGUGUGCUGGCAUCCUGAGGAAACUUUUAAGUUGAUGGUUGCAGAGAAGAAUGGAACAAUUCGGUUUUAUGAUCUUUUGGCUCAACAGGCUAUUUUAUCUCUCGAAUCAGAACAGAUGCCAUUAAUGUCAGCACACUGGUGCUUAAAAAACACCUUCAAAGUUGGAGCUGUUGCAGGGAAUGAUUGUUUCAUUUGGGAUAUUACUCGUUCCAGUUACCCUCAAGAUAAGAGACCUGUCCACAUGGAUCGAGCCUGCUUAUUCAGAUGGUCCAUGAUUAAUGAAAACUUGUUUGCAACCACUGGUUAUCCUGGCAAAAUGGCAAGCCAGUUUCAAAUUCAUCAUUUAGGGCACCCUCAGCCCAUCCUCACUGGUUCUGUAGCUGUUGGAUCUGGCCUUUCCUGGCAUAGAACUCUCCCACUCUGUGCAAUCGGAGGAGACCACAAGCUGUUGUUUUGGGUGACGGAAAUGUAAAAUGAAUUUUCUGUGUACUUUAGAUCGAUAAAACUGUAUUUUUAGUACAUAUUUUGGAGAAUUCCUUAUUUUUAUAUCAAAUAUACACUGCCAGCUCUAGAAAUGUUCCAUUUGUUGCUUUUGUUAAAUAAAAUGUUGAUGGUUUGAAAAAUUAUUUUCCUACUCUAUUCUCUCAGUGUGGGUAUUUUUUUAAUCAUCUUCUAAGACUACAGUUGACUCAGCAGCUCUAGAAGAGAUAAUUACGGAACAUAAUGCUUUUGAUUUUUGUCACAGGAUUGUCCAAAGUGUAUCCUCUCUUCUGUAUGUUACAUAUAUGCUAUUUUCCUCAUUUUCAAAGACACAAACAUUUACAAAAGGAAAAAAAGAUCUCUCCUCUCAGUAUUACUCUGCAAGUGGUUGAACGUAUGUGUGUGAGCAUAUGCUUUUUUGUUAGCAGUCUAUAUGUGAAGGACUCUUAUUACAACUUCCUUGGUAAUUAUAAAGGAUUUUUAUUCAAUUUAAUAAAAGAAAUAGUUUUCAGUGUCUUUAAAAUAUGAUUAUGUUACUCAACCCUAUUUAUUAUAUGCAAAUUCCUUUUGACUAGACCUCUCAACAUUCUCAGAACAUCUGCUGUGUGUGAAAUAAAGUGUGAAAAAUGAUGUAUAAUUUAAUACCUUUAACAACCUCUGCCUUUUAUAAAUUUUCACCGUUCUUAUCAAACUUAAAUGUUUUUGAGAUGUCACCUAGUGACGAUGGAACUAUAUUCACCCUCUCCAAGACGAUUGAAAUGAAUGUUGUGUAAGGCCCAUGUCCUGUUUUUGUGACACAUCAUGAUCUAAUCAGAAUAGUAUAAGAGUUAAGUAAAUUUCUAUAAACCCUCCAUUCUUUAGAGUUAAUGCCCUCUCUGAAGCUGCAUUUCCUCCAUGAAAUGAAGAUAGGAAUCACUGUCUCAUGGAAUUACUGUGAGGAUUAAGUAAAGGUAAAUGAAAAUGCCUGACAUGUCUCACACAGUUCAGGGAUGUGUAGGUAUUGUUAAUUUAUUUUAGGAAUAGUUCUUGUUUUUGAGGAACUGGAAAUUUAUUUUUCAUUCAUAA